GUCGGCAUCUUUCGAAUUGAAUCUGAUCAAGAGCAUUUUGAGACAAAAUAAUUACACACUAGCUUGCACCUUCGGUCGAACUCGGUCCCACGCAUGGCCGCACGGAGUACACUACGUGAUGAUUCGUCGUCAGACGUGUCGGACGACAGCGCCGCCCUUGAGAGACCUGAACUUUUAUUCACUCGGCUACUCAUCGACAGUCACGGAAACGCAAACGCGAAAGAUGAAGAUGGCAUGACUCUUCUGCAACAUGCAUCAUAUAGGGGUGAUUACGAACUCGUAAAACUCCUUUGCGAAAAAGGCGCAGACGUCAAUGCGAGAGGGAGCGAGGGUAUUACAGCAUUACAUGAAGCAUCCCUCCUUGGGUUUGACAGGAUUGUACAGUUCCUGCUGGAUCAAGACGUGCAGAUCGAUACGCGGAACGAUGAUGGCGAUACGGCGCUGCACCUUGCAUCGGCAGCAGGCUGCACGGCGAUUGUGCAGCGACUACUUGAGAAGGGCGCAGACGUGAACGGACGAGGUCACUCCGGCCGUGUCCCCUUGUGGUAUGCACUACAAGGGGGUCACGAUUUGGUUGAGAGGCUGUUGCUAGAGAAAGGAGCAGACGUGACCGCACAAGAUCAAGCUAGCAUGGCAUCAGCUCGGAAGCUAGGCGCGGCAGUUAAGCUGCGCAGGGAGGAGAAGGAAAGCUACAGCAAGACAUAAUGUACAGAGACCAUUUCCUCAGCUCCUCGACUUAACCUUGCUCGUUUGACAUGAGCUUUGAUCGUAUUCUAGUCAGCCCAAAAUCUUCAUCGCCUCUUCAAAGUCUUCCGUUUUCUCUAAGCCACUGCGCCUUUCUUUAGUCUUUAGUCGCGCGAGACUCGCCAGCGAUCGCGCUGCAAGAAAUUGAAUAUCCUCGGCCGUUUUUCUGACUCAAGAUUUAGGGACAUGUAAAUUCGAUAAAGUCUAGAGAAGGCAGGGUCUUAGACAAGUAAUGCGCAAGGACCCUAUUUCAGAGGUCAAUUAGAUACUCUUAGCACCGUAGCGUAAAAGAUCAUAGAGCACCCGG